UCACUGCUCGCGGCCGCGCAGCCCUGCAGGAUACAAACAAAAUAAUGAAAGCAAACCUUAAUCGCUCUUUCAAAAUGAAAUGUGAUUUUGGUUGUAUGUCUCUUCAUGCUGGGUUUACACCACUGAAGUCUACUGUGGAGAAAACAAGACUAGAAAAAUCUUGCCCCUUGAAUUAUGAGAAGGGUUUUUGUAAAAGGUGUGCUGAAGAGCAUCAGAAAAUACUCCUUAGUGACUCGUACCAUGUGGCCAGCAGAAAUCUAAAUGAAGAUGAAGGAAGACCUGUACAUAACAAAGAAAACAAACAAGUAACCCAGAGACUUGAGGGAGGUAUCUAUGAAGUGGAUGCACUGGAAAACAGUAAACUUAAUGAGGACAGUGGUUAUUCCUCUAUAUUAAGUAAUCAAUACACUGAUGCAAUAGAACAUGAGGAUAUUAUACCUUUGGCUGGGAAUCUCUGUAGAACACCGAAGCAUUGUCUUAUGAAGAACCAAAACCAAACACAGUUUUCAAAGAAAACUUUGUUGCCAGUGAUCCAUUAUGAAGAAAUGAUUUGCUCAACUUUGAAAAAAAGUGGUAAAAGAAAUCUCAAGUCUUGGGCUGCUGUAGACAAAAUUGUUUUUAUGGGAAAGGUUGAACUUUGCAACCUAAUUGGAAAGAAAAUGGGCUUAGAUAGACUAGACAUACUUGCUGAACUCUUCCAAAAAGACCUGAAGCAUAUAUUAGGAAGAAUUUUAAGGCAUCUUGGUGAGAUGGACUUAGUCAAUUUUGCCAAAGUCAGCACAACGUGGCAGAAAAUUCUACAAGAAGAUAAAUGGAUUUUCCAAAUUUAUAGCAAAGCUGUGAAAAACCUUUCUAAUGGUACUAAAGCACCAGAGCAUGCUGCAACAAGGGAUUAUGUUCUCCACCGAGCGGCUUUAGCUGCCAUUCAGAAAGCAACCCCACCAAAAAACUUGAAUAAAAAAACCACCAGAUCCAAAGCACCCAAGAAUCACAGCAGGCUGAUGGAGUUUUCUGAGGCUGCCAAGAACUUGAAAACCACUGAAAGCCUUAAAGCCUGCCACCGCUGUGGCUCCCCUGCGAAGUAUGACUCCUUUCUACAAAGAGCGAUGUGCAGUCGUGAAGGUUGUGGCUUCGACUUUUGCACAAAAUGCAUGUGCAGCUACCACAUGUCCAGUGACUGUAUGAGUGGCAAACCAGUGAAACCCAGCUCAAAGUUUGAACUGCUUCCUGGGACUAAGAAAAGCAAACGCAAUCUACAGCGACUGUGAUCCAUCCAUAUACAGAUUGUCAGGGUUUUGGGGUAUGAGGUUAUCUUCAAAGAAAACCAAACAGGAAGAAUGCUUUCUACUAUUUUGUAUUUUUUUAAAAAGUUAAUUUUAUUACUCCUCUGUGCUAUAUGGUUGUGUUAAAAUUCCUAGGAAUUCUAAAACGUCUUAUUAAUUUAUAAAUGAAAAAAAUAAUCUGGAUAUGAAUUGGAAUAACAUUUUAAAUACUGUCCUGGCAAUUUGUCUAUUGAACAAAACAAAAUAGUUUUGGGAAGUAGCCUUCCAUGUGUAACCCUAGCACAAUUUGUCAAUGACAGAAGGGAAAGCAUAAACUGUUUUAUUUAAAUUUUUACUCUUGUUCAAAAGUCUCUUAAAAGCAUUUCGAAUGAGAAUGUCAAGUGAGGUGGGUGAUGUCUCUUUUAGCAUGAAAUUAUGAGGGAGUCUAGAUUUUGUUUCUCCUCCCAAGGCUUUGCCUUAAUUUUAAAAUGUGAAAAGUCAAUGCGUUAUUCUCUGAUGCCUUACAUUACGUAAAUCUUGUGUUGUUGCUCUUCCUUCAUUUCUUCAUUCAGAAACUGUAGGUUUUCCUUGAACUGAGGUGCCAAUCUUUCCAACUUCACGAAAAAAUGAAGUACUGUAUUUUGGCUAUGGUGCUAAAAAAUACUUUGCCUUUUUUUCCAAAUAAGAUAUUUUUUUUAAUAUUUGUAUAUAUUUGUAAAUACUACUUUAAAUAUUAUUCAUGUUUGUCUUGUA